AUGAGGUCUGAUUCUCCAAUGAGCAGCAGUUCGGAUGGAAGAAGAUCAAAUUUCAGUCGUCAUCACAUGAUGCUAGAUGAUACCAAUUCUAACGAGGAGGUAUACGGAAUAGGAGGUGCAAUGCUCCCUAUUUUCCUCAAUGAUCUACGCCGAAACAAUAAUAAUGAUCAAGAUUUAGUUGAAGUCACGCUAGAAUUAGAGGAUGACUCGAUUAUUUUAUGUAGUGUGACUCCUACCAACGGUAACACAUCUAACCAUCAUAUUGAGGGUGUAGCCACCACCGCUAGCAGGCUACGUAGAAAGUUUUCAUGGUUAACGUCUACAUCAUCACGUGCAUCAUCUUCUGACGCUAGUGUAGACCGUGUUAAUGUAUCAUCAAGAGAUGCUAGGAAAAUGAAAGCAAAAUUGAUGAGGAAUAAAUCUAGCGCUCAACGAGCUCUAGGAGGUUUGAGGUUUAUUAGCAAAUCCACAAAUGCGACCGAUGUUAAUGAGCUUUGGAAAAAUGUGGAGGCCCGGUUUGGGUGUCUUGCUAAGGAUGAUGGCUUACUUGCUAGAGAAGAUUUUGCUGAAUGCAUUGGAAUGGCAGACUCAAAAGAGUUUGCAUUGGGAGUUUUUGAUGCAUUGGCUAGAAGAAGGCAACAGAAACUGGGAAAGGUUACUAAAGCUGAGCUUUAUGAUUUUUGGUUACAGAUUUCGGACCAGAGUUUUGAUGCCCGUUUACAAAUCUUCUUUGACAUGGCAGACAGUAAUGAAGAUGGAAGGAUCACUAGGGAUGAGAUACAAGAGUUGCUAGUUCUUAGUGCGGCUGCAAACAGGUUGUCGAAGUUGAAAGAACAAGCAGAGGAAUAUGCCUCUUUAAUUAUGGAAGAACUAGACCCUGAGAAUCUUGGCUACAUUGAGUUAUGGCAGUUGGAAACACUUCUGUUACAAAGGGAAGCUUACAUGAACUAUAGUAGACCUCUGAGCAUAGCCAGUGGGGGGUGGAGCCAGAAUUUGAAUUCCUUAAAGCCCAAAAGCAUUAUCCAUCGGCUAGCUCAUUUUGUGACGUGGGCUUUGAUAGAGAACUGGCAAAGAACUUGGAUCUUACUAGUAUGGGUUUUGACCAUGGCUUGUCUUUUUACAUGGAAAUUCAAGCAAUAUAGAGACAAAGCGGCGUUUCAUGUAAUGGGGUAUUGCUUGACCACUGCUAAAGGGGCUGCAGAGACCCUCAAGCUCAAUAUGGCUCUUAUACUCCUUCCUGUUUGUAGAAAUAUGCUUACAUUCCUGAGGUCUACGCGAGCCCGGUUCUUUAUCCCUUUUGAUGACAAUAUCAACUUCCACAAGAUAAUUGCAGUUGCUAUAGCAAUUGGAAUCGCCUUGCAUGCUGGCAACCAUAUGAUAUGUGAUUUCCCUCGGUUGGUGAACUCUUCAGAAGAGAAGUUUGCUCUGAUAGCAUCAGAUUUCCAUAAUAAAAAGCCUACCUACAAGGAAUUAAUAACUGGGAUUGAAGGUGUGACUGGAAUUUCUAUGCUCAUAUUGAUGGCCUUCGCGUUCACAUUAGCUUCACGGUAUUUCAGGAAGAAUAUGGUGAAGCUGCCAUCACCAUUCAACAGAUUGACAGGAUUCAAUGCAUUUUGGUUUUCACAUCACCUUUUUGGUUUGGUGUACAUACUACUUUUGAUUCAUGGAUCCUUCUUGUUCUUGGUUCAUAACUGGGGUCAGAAGACGACGUGGAUGUACAUCUCAGUUCCACUCUUAAUAUACGGAGCAGAAAGGAGUCUGAGAACAGGACGAUCAGAACACUACUCGCCUAAAAUUAUAAAGGUUUCCAACCUACCAGGGGAUGUAUUCAGCAUAAUUAUGACAAAGCCGAAUGGAUUUAAAUACAGGAGUGGACAGUAUAUAUUUCUACAAUGCCCUUCGAUCUCUCCAUUUGAAUGGCAUCCUUUUUCAAUUACUUCAUCACCAGGAGAUGAUUUCCUCAGUGUUCACAUAAGGACAGUUGGAGACUGGACACAAGAGCUGAAGGAAGUAUUAACAAAUGAUAAUGGUUCUGCAUGUACGAUUGGCCGGGCCAAAUUUAGGAAGCUAGGGGAAGUGGAUUCAAAAGGUUUACCAAGGCUACUGUUGGAUGGGCCUUACGGGGCACCUGCGCAAGACUACAGGAAUUAUGAUGUGUUACUUCUUGUAGGGCUAGGAAUUGGAGCAACUCCCUUUAUAAGUAUUCUUAGAGACCUUUUAAACAACAAUCGGGCAAUAGAAGACCAAACGGAUUCAAACACAGAGACCAGUAUUUCCGGGGAUAGUCUUACGAGUCUAGCAUCUUCAAGUAUGGCAUCAACAACGGAAAAGAAGAAACCAAGAAGGACAAAAAGUGCAAACUUUUAUUGGGUCACCAGGGAACCUGGUUCCUUUGAAUGGUUUAAAGGAGUGUUGAAUGAAGUCGCCGAAAUGGAUCACAAAGGUCAAAUUGAGAUGCAUAAUUAUCUUACUAGUGUCUAUGAAGAGGGCGAUGCACGAUCAACUCUAAUCACUAUGGUCCAAGCACUUUCCCAUGCCAAACAUGGAGUGGACAUCCUAUCUGGAACUAGGGUAAGGACACAUUUUGCUCGGCCGAAUUGGAGAGAGGUUUUUACCAAGGUAGCAUCAAAACAUCCAAGUUCAACCGUAGGAGUGUUCUAUUGUGGGAUGCCAGUGCUUGCAAAGGAGCUGAAGAAACUAUCAUACGAGAUGAGCCAGAAAACAUCAACUCGAUUUGAGUUUCACAAGGAGUAUUUCUGAAGUAAGACAGAGAGCUUGUUAUAUAUACUUAAUUAUAUAUAUAUAUAUAACUACAAUUCAUUAGUAACAAAGGAAUGUAAAUGUGUACACUAUACAAAUACUAGUUUAGGCCAACAUGUAUAAUUAGUGGGAUAUAUACAAUCAAAAAAACGGAGAAUCCAAGUCUCUCCAAUUAGUCGUAAGAGGACCUUAGUUCUAAACUGC